ACAAGCCGAUUAUUGACGGCUACUGAGCCCUCUCUGUCAAUUUGCGUUCGUCCUCGCAUGGUCAAACACAGGCGGACACAAUACAUCUGAUACUGAAGUUUUUAUUUGUGCUGGGCGGAGACUACUACUUUUUUUUUAAUGACGCUGCAACUUUUUAUGGAUUUAUAUUGAUAGAUAUAUAUAUCGUGUGUGGAAAGCUAUUUUUUAUAAAAAAUAUUUUGAGACUUGCAAUUUGUGUAUUUGGUGCAUUUGGUAGACUACACUGCAGAGAGCUUAAAGUGGCAUCUUGGAAGCUGCAUGGUGUUUUAUUUUUACAUCCUGCUUAAAAGAAGUUCACACUUAAAGAAUGCAUCAAAUGAAAAUGGUAGCUGCAGUGAACUUUUAGAACUAGUAGUAACUAUUAGUAAGUGAACUUUACGAUCAGGCAACAAGCCAAAUCACAGGGACAACAGUGCCAUUUUGCUUUGAGCAGUUUGAAGCGCAAGGUAUAAAAAUGAAUAGCCUAUCCAGGAGUACAGAUGACCACAGAGACAUCGGCCACAGCCCAGCUCACAAACCGGAGACAUCCAGGUACCGUAGCUGGAGCAGCUUCCGCUUCUCGAGAUGGAGAAGUGGUUCCCAGAGGACCAGCCCCCCUGGUACACCCUCCCCAAAGGUAGAGAAGAAGGCUGAUGUGAGCAAGGCGCUCUUCUCCUUGGUUCAGACUCACAAUGACGACUACACAGCGGAUCCAGAUGGCCAGCUGGACACCGACAAGGAGGAUGAAGAAUGCAGCGAUGACACAGGACCCUCACAGGACCAGUCCACCUACUUCCAGAAGCAGUUUGGGUCCAUGCUGCAGCCCGGGGUCAACAAGUUCUCCCUGCGCAUGUUUGGCAGCCAUAAAGGUGUUGCUGCGGAGCAGGCCCGGGUCAAGAGCUUUGGAGUGUGGAUCAUCCACCCGUACAGUGACUUCAGGUUUUCCUGGGACAUCGUGAUGCUCCUAUUGAUGAUGAGCAAUCUGGUCAUUUUGCCCUGGGGAAUCACCUUCUUUGAAGACCAGAACACCCUGCCUUGGAUCACCUUCAACGUCCUGUCCGACACUCUCUUCCUCAUGGACCUGGUUUUCAAUUUCCGUACGGGCAUCCCGGGAGAGGACAGCCACAUCACCCUGGACCCCAAAGAGAUCCGCAUGCAGUACCUCCGCACCUGGUUCCUGGUGGACUUCAUCUCUUCCAUCCCUGUUGACUACAUCUUCCUCAUCGUUGACCUGGAGUCCCUGCACGACUCGUCUGACGUGUACCGCACCGCCCGCGCCCUCCGCAUCGUGCGCUUCACCAAAAUCCUCAGUCUGCUGCGUCUUCUCAGACUGUCUCGCCUCAUUCGCUACAUUCACCAGUGGGAGGAGAUUUUCCACAUGACUUAUGACCUGGCCAGCGCUGCGGUGCGCAUAGUCAACUUGAUUGGCAUGAUGCUGCUGUUGUGCCACUGGGAUGGCUGCCUGACCUUCAUGGUGCCUAUGCUGCAAGACUUCCCCCCAGACUGCUGGGUAUCCAAAAAUAACAUGGUGAAUUCAACAUGGCACCUUCAGUACUCCUACUCCCUGUUUAUGGCCAUGAGUCACAUGCUGUGUAUAGGAUAUGGAGCCCACCCUCCAGAAGGCAUGACUGACGUUUGGCUUACUAUGAUCAGUAUGGUCGUGGGGGCCACCUGCUACGCCAUGUUCCUUGGUCAUGCAACUACCCUUGUCCAGUCCUUGGAUGCAUCACAUCGCCAGUAUCAGGAGAAGUAUAAGCAAGUGGAGCAGUACAUGUCGUUCCAUAAACUGCCGGCGGAUGUAAGACAGAGGAUCCAUGAUUAUUACGAGCAGCGAUUCCAAGGCAAGAUGUUCGAUGAGGACAGCAUCCUGGGAGAGCUCAGCGAUCCGCUGAAGGAGGAGAUUGUCAGCUAUAACUGCCGUGGGCUUGUAGCCAACAUGCCACUGUUUGCCAACACCGACCCUCAUUUUGUGACAGUGAUCCUGACCAAGCUGCGUUUCGAAGUCUUCCAACCUGCAGACUUGAUUAUACGAGAAGGAACGCUGGGUCGGAAAAUGUACUUCAUCCAGCACGGCACCGUCACUGUCAUCCCACGUGGAAGUAGGGAGGUUACGCUCAACGAUGGAGCAUAUUUUGGAGAGAUCUGCCUGCUAACCCAAGGACGACGCACAGCCAGCGUGAGGGCUGACACCUACUGUCGCCUUUACUCCCUAAGUGUGGACAGUUUCAACGAGGUCCUGGAGGAGCAUCCUCUGAUGAGGAGGGCGUUUGAGUGUGUGGCCGUGGGCCGACUAGGCCGGGUGACUCGCAGACCCAGUUCUGAUCCUCCCCCAGAUGAGAGACUUCCUCAGCAGCAACAGAAAGAGACUCCUGUCAGAAAUGUGGAGGAUACUUGACAUACUAGACUGAACUUGACCACAUAACAAAGCAAACAUAAAUAUAAACAUAAACAUAAGAAACCUUCAAUGUAAAUUUGACGGAUUGCUGCUUACUCUAGUGCUCAGUGAUGAACAACCUGAUGGAGACCAUCAGUUGUAUUUAUUAUCACAUUAUUGCUGCACUUGGUUGAAAAUAUUGCAACUUCAGUUGAUUUUAUUUUGUUACUUGUACGCUUUACAUGUUAGAUCCAUUGUGUAAGUUACAAGUCAAUGAGAAAAUAAUCACUAUUUUCUUGUUUCUUCAGCAACUUAUAUUUUUUGUGUUUUUUUACUAAGGCAACAAUAGCUUUACCAAAUGUAAAUACUGCUUUAAGAAUAAUUUUUUGUUGCCUGUAUGCUUUCGGAAACUGCAGUUUUAUUCUCCAUUACAUCAUUCAUUCGAGUGCGGGAGCACCAGCUGGAUGUAGCGCUGAGUCUAAUGAUCCCUCAGGUCCAUAGGUUGCAUCAAGUCACAGUUUAAUACCGAUGUUCACUGAGGAUAAGCUGCUGUGAUGUAAUACCUCUUAAGUGUACAGAGACAGAUUGCACACAGUUAUACAUCACUGUUUAAAUUGCCCCAUUUCAUGGUACUCAUACUUGUAGAGGUAAUCUGCCUUUGCAUCGCUACAAUUAAAUAUCCAAUAUUAUAAACUGUGAUUUGUUUCCGCACAUGGACCCAAUUUACUCACUUUCCUUAACACUUUAAUCGGUUAUUUAAUUUUAUGCUGGCAAUUAAUUUGCUAAAUAUAUGUUUAUGAAUUCAGUAGGUUCAUUUGCAGAUGAUAAUGAUGAAGUCUGUCAUAUUUAUUUAAUAUUAAUGCAAAAAACAAAACAAAAAUUGCCAGACAAAACAAACAUCUUUUGUAUGUGUGCUGCUAUUACUGUGUUGAUUCAUACAGUGUAUUUUUGUUGUUGGUAAAUUGAAUGCAAAGGGGAAAAAAUGGUUAUGGAAUCUUUCCAUUUUACAGUAAUACAAAGUAAAAAAAAAAUGAAUUUGUUCAGUUUUAACCACAAUGCUUAUCCUAUCCUUUUUAUUAUUUAAACUUUCUGCUGAAUGAUCCUCAUACUGAUUAUGUCAUGUAAAUAUAAAUAAUUCUACCCUUUAAACAUGUAUAUAAAAAA